UCCUAUGCCACCCCUUCCUGCAAUCCAGGCACUUCCUUCGCCUGCAUGGUCAACUAUGGAGAUGAAAGUUUUUUGAACUUCUUCCACCGCUUAAUGUUCAGUCCAGAUGGGAGCCUCUUGCUGAUGCCUGCAGGGCAAUUUGAGGACCCCAGCAUUAUCACCAACAAGCCCAAGAUUGAGGAAACUCCUACUCACGGAUGUAAAUCUAAACUUGUGAUUACCACAAGCGAAACCAACCCUUCAUCAGCAUUGUCAGUGUUCAUUUGCUCAAGGGCGAACUUUACUUGUCCUCCUAUAGCUCAGUUACCAGGACAUAAGAAAGCUAGCAGUAGCUGUCAAGUUCUUCCCUGUGUUCCAUCAAAAUCCUCUACCCUGGUGAUCGCUCCACCCAAUACUGGCUCCAUGUUUGCGCUGCCUUAUCGCAUGCUUUAUGCAGUUCUGACUAUGGAUGCCAUUGCCAUCUAUGAUACCCAACAAUCUGGACCUGUUUGCAUGCUCACGAAGUUGCACUACAAUGAAUUUACGGAUGCAUUGUGGUCUCCUGACGGACAGUGCCUUAUACUCUCAUCGCGAGAUGGAUACUGUAUGAUUGCAAUCUUUGAUAAAAUUUUACCUGCGCAUCACACUCAACAACAUACAUUACAACUUCAGUUCACUGUGCAACACAACUUCGUAACCCUCACAUACACGAUGACACCCUCGUCUUCCUCAGUUCCACUGACUACUAUUGCAACACCUACAGUUCCUGCAAAGAGGAAUGAGCUGCCUCUCAUGCCUGCUACUAAUAUUGACGACAAUGCUCCUGUGGGCAGGAGUGCACCAGACAGUACCAUGACCUACACGGCCCAGGUUGAGAGUGGGAAGGUCGCAGAGCAACUUUUGCGCACUGGACCUCCACCCAGAUUUACUGCAGUUCAGGCAGUUGAAGAACUUCUUCAAGGGAGUCUCUGUCAUACUGGACCUCCGCCCAGAUUCGCUGCAGUUCAGGCAGUCAAAGAACUUCUUCAAGGGCAUCUCUGUCAUGCUCAUCCACUGGAUAGGCCUCAAAAAGAUUUGAGGAUUGGUUGCUAA